AUGAAGCGUUUUUUCCUUGCGCCUACAAUGGGCCAAACUCCGACGCCAGCUAGCGUCAUGGCCUAUGCGACUGUGGACGAGGAGACCUUGUACUGCCUUGGUGGAGCCACGGACGUGAAUUUCACUACUAGUUAUUACAGCAAUCCCACGUCCCAGUUUGUGGCGCUCAACCUCCAGCAGCAGACUUGGAGCUCAUCAAACCCGCCCUGGCGGACCCUUCCUAGCGCAGUCGUACCCCAGCUUGGUGUUUGGAUGACGGUUUCAAGAGACAAGCAGCGGUUGAUCAUCUGGGACCCCUGGGACCCCGAGACGACAAUUUCGUUCUACAGCCUCGCCACCAACUCCUGGCUAUCGAAUCAUACGCUGCCUUCCGAUUACGGCGAUACUUGGGGAAGUAGGGUUGCUUUGGACCCCACAACCGGCCUCCUUUACGCUCCUUCGGCGUCCAAUAACGGCACUGUGAUGAUCGUCUACAACCCAGACACAUACACCUCAUCGUUUCUGAACAUGCCACCUGCAUCGGCUACCGUCAAAAUUGGGAACCCCGCCUUUUACAGCCUUGUGUGGAGCACGUACCGCAACAGCAUGCUGUUCUAUGGUGGCUACCAGUGGAGAGGGCCGAGCCUUGGCGACUCGAAAUUGAUCGAGUACACGCCCUCAUCGAACCUUUGGGCCAUUGUCGUAAGUAGUAACAGCGAACUCGGCGAGUAA